UGUUGCUUACUGAGGCUUCUUUAAAAGUUAAGGUCAUCGGCUGGGUUUAGUUUGAUGGCUGGGGAAACAGAGUCUGUAGAGCGGAUUAACAGUUAUGUAAAGCUAAACGUUGGUGGAUCCUUAUUCUACACAACAAUUGGGACCCUUUUGCGGGGCAAUACAAUGCUGACUGCAAUGUUCAGUGGUCGAAUGGAGGUUAAGACUGAUGAUGAUGGAUGGGUACUUAUCGAUCGUAGUGGGAAGCAUUUUGGGACAGUUUUGAACUAUAUUCGGGAUGGUCAGUACCUCUACCGGAAAAUAGGAGAGAGUUAGAAGAACUAGCUAUGGAGGCCAAAUAUUUCUGUGUUGAGGGUUUAUGCUUAGCCUGUGAUGAAGCUCUUGGACGUUUAACAAACUACGAAGACUUACAAAAUCGUGCAACCAUAAUUAUUGUCAAAUGUCCCAAUGCAGCGAAAUCUUUACUCUCUACUACUCGUAAGCCUGUAGUGAAACUUACCAUGAACCGAUAUAAUAAUGUAUUCUCAUACACAAGUAACUCACAUGAUAAUCUUCUGCGCAACAUCGAAUGUCUGGAAAAAUAUGCUCUAAUGUUUCCUGCUACGGUUUUGUUUGUGAAGGAUGUUCGAGACAAGAGCGAACAAAAUGAAAUCUGUGAAUGGAGUUAUUACUGUCGCGGUCACCGUUUAAGAAGCAUAGAUUGUAUCGCCAUCCACUACUCCUCAGAGAAGCGUCUCAUAAAAGUGGAAUUUCCAGAAUCACGUAUUCAUGAAGAAAUGCUUUCACUGCUGUCGGUUGCCAGCCGAAACUUGAGUGAUGUAGAACUUCUGGAAAUUGCAAUGAGGAAAGCAAAUUGUGGUUCAGGCUCAGCUAGCGGUGCACUGGUUAGUUACUCUGUUCCUGGGAUCACCAACAGUUCCCAACACGAAACUGAAGAACAAGACCUAGAUCAAUCAUGCACUGCGACUACAACGACAGGAAGUCUCCUGAGCGCUGCGAUGCCACCCGCAAGACCUGCCACUGCGACUGGUCUUCUGGACAACCAUGGAAACCCAUUGAACGUAGGGAGUUCUCGCAGUUCGUUUGGGGCUUCGGUUCGUCUAGGCAGACGAUGAUUAAAAAAAAAUUAUUUGCUCCUCAGAUUAUACAUGCUUUUCCGAAUUGUUGAUCACAAGGAAAAACUAAUUGUAGGCAUUGACCACAACUUUUACAUCAUCUGUAUGCCGGAGAAUGAUUGGUCUACUUAUCGCUUUGUGCUCCCCGUUUGCUGUAUUCAUGUACACGUUUUCCUAGGCAAUCAAAUGAACCGGGAUUUUCUUGAACCCCGGGUAAAAGUGCAAUCCAUCCACAUAAUAUUUUGUUCAGUAAUUAGUGCAAAUAUUUUACAAGAGCAAUCAUGUGAUACUGAUUUUGAUUGUUCUCAAUUUAUAGUUUGUUUAAAGGUUGCACAAUGACAAUAAUAUAAGUAAUCAUUUCAA